CUUAUUUUUCAAAAUUCUCCAAAAAAACUGGACUCCUAAAGUGUUCAUAAUGUGUAAAUUAAAACCGUCCAGGUAGUCUUGGUUGAAUUCCUUUCACUUUACUUUCCCAUUACUUUUACAAAAGUUGCUAUACACUAAUAGGAGAUUGAGUUGAAAGCUAACCUUCUUUUACUUGAUUUUAUUUCUAUUUUUGUAUAAAUUAAUAAUUAAAUGCUCGUUACUGUCUAAAUUCAAUUUUUGGAGAUUUGUUACCAUCGAAGCAAGAGCGUGUUGCCAACAGACUAACAGACUGCGGUUUUAAUUUCAAUUUGCAGGUUUUGUAUUUUAUACUAAUAUCUGAAAGAGUUUACUCAACUUUGAUUUCGUUGAUUUACAGACGUUCAAUUUUUGCAUUUCACCGGUCUCAAGAAAAAAAAGCAGGUUUUGUAUUUUCUUUAAUACUUUCGCUUUCACCGAUUACACGUAUAUCUUCAUCGGUCUUUCGAUAACCAAGGUGUCAUUCGCGUAGUUUGUUAAAAAUUACAAAAACAAUGGAAUCACUUGAAAGCGUUAGUACGAAUAAUGGAUCUUCGGUGAAGAAAAGCUGGUGGUGGAGUACGAAGAGGAAGGGAUAUCAAGCUCCAGGUCCUUCAAGAAGUAGCUCAUCUGGAAGGAGAUCAUCAGAUGAAAUAAUUCCGGAUGAAUUAGUUGUUCUUGAUGAGUCCUCCUUAUGCAACGUUCCCAUGGAACUUCCUACAGGCGUGUCUAAUGAUAUAGCUUCAAAAACUUUUUCUAAGCUCUCUCGUGAGGACCAGAUGCUUAGUUUACGACUGAAUUCUGUUCAUGAAUCAAUGUUCAAGAAAGUUCCGCGUCAAUUUACGGAUGCCCUUCUUGAUCCUGGUCCUCCAAGUAAGGAAAAGCAAGCUGUUCUCUCUGUUGGUAGACCCUCUUGGCUUCCUCCCAAGUCAAAAGCGGAAGAAAAGCGACACCUGCGAGAGUUUGAACAAAUAAGGAAAUCCGCUUUAAAGCACGAUAAACUAAAUGAAAAGGAAAAGAUAAAACAAAUGGAACAACAGAGAAAAAAGAAUCAACAACUUAUUCAACUUUGGGAUCGUUAUAUCUUUCGUUAUUGGCCUGAUAGCCUUACGUCCUCCAAAGUAGCCGGUGUUUGGAGAGAGGGUAUUCCUUUGCGUAUUCGUGGUAAGGCUUGGCAAAAAAUUAUUGGAAACCCCCUGCAGUUAGAUUACCAAUCUUUCUUUCUUGCAUGUGAAUGUGCAAAAAAAAUCGCACAUUCCAAUGAAAAUAUUCAGACACAAGAAACCAAUAUGUUCCGUUAUGAUAAGAGUGCCCUCGAAGUGGAUAUAGAAUGCACGAUGCCCCAAUUACAUUUAUUUCAGAAAGGAGAGGCACUUCACAAAGAUUUGGUACAGUUAGUUUCGGCUUUCUCGGCGUAUCGAUACAACGUCCGUUAUGUUCCUGGUAGUACUUUUAUUGGUGCCUUGUUAUUAUUAAAUAUGAAUUUGACAUCUGCUUUCAAUGCGAUGGUUAACCUUUUGGACCGUCCUUUUAUGCAAGCGGUUUAUACUCAGGAUAAAGAAGCGUUGGCUUCGUUUACAAAUUUAUUUUUAAGUUCUUUAAAGAAGUCACUCCCAGAAUUGGCAACUCAUUUUCAAUUCACUUUACAAAUUCAACCAGAUCAAUAUUUAUAUCCUUUAUUGCAAAGAUUUUUCAUUCCCAUGAACUCGGUUGAGAUUUCCUCUCGAAUUAUGGAUUGUUAUCUGUUUGAAGAAGAUCCAUUCUUGAUUAAAGUCUUUGUGGCAUUGUUUUCGCAAUUGAAAUAUAAGUUGCUAGAAACCGAUUUUCGUUUAUUGCAGAAUACUUUGUUUUAUCAACGAUGGGAGCUUGGUGAAGAGGAUGAGUUUAUGAAAAAUGUAUUCGAGGCUUCUAUCUCUUAAAACAAUUUCAAAAGUAAAACUCAUAUCUUUAUUUAUUUUGCAUAGGAUAAGAAUUGCUAGUUAUACCAGAAUACUUUAAGUGAAAAUAUAUUGAGUAUAGAAUUUAUUAUUGACAGAUUCACAAAUAUAUAGAAAACAUACGUCAGG